AAAAUUUGACAUUACAAAUAGGUUCCUCAUAAAUAAAUGCCGCGGAACUUUGUUUUGAUUAUUGAGAAAAGCAUAGAAUAAAUUUGGUUGGUAAAAAUGUCUCGAUGUUUUUUUGAAAUUCAUUCAAGUUAAUGCAAAUGUGUAAAUCGAUCCCGAACCAUCAUCGAUUUGUUUACCAAGAUAUUUUCAGAAACAAAAAUAUUUCUGAAAAAAAAUUUCCGCCAUAUUGCAAUUCACUGUCUUGACUUAUUGCCCGUGAUGUGAUUACAUUUGUGAAUAUGAAAUUUGCGUUUGGUUGGGAUUGUGAACUUCAAUGAUUCUUUCUGAUCAGUGAUAAAUGUUCGGAAUUUGAAAGUUGGGAGUACAGGCGGCUCUUAAUAAACUACUUCUGCUUGAUUCUCUUUGAUUGAAAACUGAAAAGCAGUAAUGGCAAAUGAAACGAAUUGCCAUAACAUGGUAUCAAAUCUGCCAUUGCUGUUCGCAGGCGGCUAUCCGACAUCAUUGGAAAAAAUCACAGAAUCACAACUCGAAAAAUUCAUUCCGUUUAUGGUUCAAUGUUCACUAGGCAACAUUCAGAUUCACAAUAAUGCAGAAUAUAGUGAGCCAGAAUGGUGGCCCGAAACUGUGCCGUUUUCGAUACCUCUGCAGAGACCGACAUAUGAGACCGAAUGGCAUGACAAGCUCAAGUCGAUCGUUAUAAUUUGUUACAAAUUCCAUGCGAGUAUAUUUCUACUCCGGUUUUGCCAGCAACUAGCCACAUAUCAGCCGGAGUCUUUGCGUUUCAUAAAUAAUUACAACAACACGACUUCUCUAUUCGAACGGUCGAGUAACAAGCUCUUGGUGACAUUUAGGAAUGAAAAUAUGUUGUACGAUCAAACUUCAGUUAACAGAACGAGCAAAAUUACCCUGCUGUCCUCGAGGAAAAACAACUCGCAAAGCAAAAUCAUUGAAGAAACAGUUGAUACAGUGGAAACUGUUUUCGAAAUCUAUCUCUGUGAUAAUUGUGAGGCUGAACUGUAUUCCAAGGAUGCAUAUGAUGAACACGAAAAAACAUGUCAAGAAGAUGACGAUGUAAUAUUUUGUGGCGAAGAGUUUCUUGCCAGCCCAAUGGACAAGCAAUUAAAAGAGCAAACAUACUUUUUGCAAAAUUUUUCGUUAAUUAAUCCGAAGCUACCUUCAACGAAUCAGUUAAAAACGCCGAUUAAAAAAAACAUUGAACAAUCAUCAACCAGUGGAAAACGACGGAAGCCCCGAUGUAGUCAAAUAGUAUUAAGUAGUAAUAUACCUUUUUCGUCACCAGCCGGUCAACAACUGCUAAAGUUGUCCAAAUCACACCUGGCUCAUAGUUACGUUCAAGAAAAAUUAGAGCGUAACGAACGAUAUUGCUGUGCCCCGCCAAUAGCCGACGAUAGCCUAAGUAGUUUUAUCAAACCAAUCAAAUACAACCGCAUACCGGUAACGUAUCGCCGUCCACAAGAGCAGACGUACAGAUGGUAUAAAUUUCCAAGGCGAAAACAUUGUCAAAGUUGGUAUCGACAAGCGUUCCUAAAUCUAAAUGUCGAUGAACUCAAAAUGUGCAGACCUGUGACGGUAAAACUGAAAAAACUAACUAAGAACGAUAUUGACGUUCUGAAUUCGGAAAGUCGGUAUAAAGAGAUGGCGAUGAAGAACUAUGACAUGGCAAGGAUUGCUUCUAUCGAUCAGUCAACUAUUGUCGAUGUGAUAGACUUGUGCUCCGAUGACGACAGCGGCGAAGAGUAUUCGAGUCAAAACGCUCAUAGACAAUACGAUAACAGUAAUGUUUCACAGACCGCCAUAACACCAGCCACGACAAUUUCACCUUCAUCAUUCAUUGAACCAUUGCAAACGCCAUUUGAUAUGUACACCGAAACUAGUACACAAUCAACCAUGUGUAUGUUCAAUUCAGAUAGAAACUGCCAGUACCAGCAUCACGAGUCUCAUCAGAGCUUUCUCAACGGAGCACAGGGAUCCAUUGAACCGCAGAUGGAUAAAUUGAGGGGAUUGACGGACAUCUCAAUCCGAACGAUACCUUCUGCAGCCAAUCAAGCUCACAUAUCAAUCGACUUAACGUUGUAAAGACGAAAUCAAAUUUUUCAUUGAAUGAAAUACAUAAUUUAACAUGAACAACGUUGCAGAAUAUUGAAUUGUGUAUGAUGUGUUAAGCUCUCACCGUCAAAAGACUAACUCUCUUAGGAAAUCUUGUGUACACAAAGUAUUUGCUAAAGUGCUCAUAUGAUCGCAGCACUAAAAUAUGAUUUCCUUCGGUUUUUUUUUUUGGUUACCAUUCGAUACACUUCGGUAUACCAAGCAAUUUAAAUUAAUAUAUUUAUUGAAUGUAACUUUAUUAAGAGUACCGUUACAUUUAUCUAAUUUACAUUAUGUGUUUAGGAACUGUAAGCGGAGAAAUAGAAACAUUUAUAAUUCAACAAUUCAACAAUUAUGUACAUAAAUACAUCAUUCGAAAAUGGAUUAUAAAUUUCGUCUGAUAACUUCUUCAAUAUGCAAGGAAUGUUCCCAUUACACACAGGAUUGAACAUACUCGAUGUGAAGAAAAUUGAAAUUUUUGUU